UAACUCCUCUGCCUCAACCUCACCUGCCAACUGCAACACUACCACAAGAACAACGCUUCUUUUACACCUUUUCAUUUAUAGCUUUCCCUCAACACUCUCCACCAUUUCUGUUCUGGUGUUUGCACUCAUGGAAGCCACCAUUUCCAAGCAAAACCAAGUUCCUAUCUCUCUCACUCUCUCCCAUGCAGUCAAUUAUUCCACUCUCUUUACUCACCAUUUUCUUCCAAAACUCUCUCACUAUCUUUGCCUUUUGACUCUCUCACUGCUUGCAUUGUUUCUCCUGCAAAACUCUGAUCCCAUCAUGCUUCAUUUCCUUCUUCUCUGUAUUUUCCUCCUCUGUUUUCUGCUCAAGCACUUGCUUUCCAAGCCUUCUUCAGUUUACCUCGUGGAUUUCUCGUGUCUGAAACCACCUGGUUCUUGCAGAGUCCCUUUCUCAUCGUUCCUAGAAAAUACAUCACUAAUUGGUUUUGACAGAGAGAGCAUAGCUUUCAUGGCCAAGAUCCUCACUUCUUCAGGACAGAGUGAACUGACAUGUCUUCCUCCUGCAUUGCACUAUAUUCCUCCUAAGACCCAUCAAAGUGAGUCCUUCAGAGAAGCUCAAAUGGUUCUGUUUCCAAUCAUUGAUGAUCUCUUGGCCAAAAUUAAUCUCUCCCCUCUUGACAUUGACAUACUCAUCUUCAACUGUAGUGGGUUUUGUCCUGUUCCUUCUCUGAGCUCCAUGAUCAUUAACAAGUACUCCAUGCGAAGUGACGUCAAAAGCUACAAUAUCUCUGGGAUGGGAUGCACUGCGAGUGCCAUUGGAAUCGACUUGGCUAAGAAUCUUCUGAGUGUUCACAAGAACUCUAACGCCAUUAUUAUCAGCACAGAGAUCUUAUCAACGGGAUGGUACUCAGGUAAUGAACGGUCCAAACUAAUCAUGAACUGUCUGUUUCGGAUGGGAAGUGCAGCGAUUUUGCUCUCAAACAAGAAAGAAGCGAAGAAAUGUUCAAAAUACAGAGUGGUUAGUACAGUUAGAACCCACAUGGGCUUCGACGACCAAGCUUAUACCUCGGCCUUCAGGGAAGAAGACUCACAAGGAAAACUUGGGGUGACGCUGCAGGGAGAUUUACUCAAGGUCGUCGGAGAAACUCUCCGAUCAAACUUCUCCAAUCUGGGUUCUGAGAUCCUUCCUUUCUCAGAGAAAUUCCGGUACGUUAUGCUGGUAUUGAAGAAGAAGAUGACGACGAACAAGUCGGAAAGCGUUCCGGCGCCGAACUUCAAAACAGUAAUAAAGCAUUUCUGCUUGCCUUGUUCCGGGAGGGCGGUGAUAAGAGAGAUCGGAAAAGGGUUGGGGCUGACGGAGAGUGACAUGGAACCUGCUUUGAUGACUCUGCAUAGGUUUGGGAACCAGUCGUCGUCUUCCCUGUGGUACGAACUGAGUUAUUUGGAAGCCAAGGAAAGAGUUGAGAAAGGUGACAAGAUUUGGCAAUUUGGGAUGGGAAGUGGGACCAAGUGUUGUAACGUCAUUUUGGAGUGUGUGAGGCCCAUUACUGGAGAGUCCAAUAAGGGCCCAUGGGCAGACAGCAUUCAUCAAUACCCAAUUUAA